GUUAUGGUUUUCUCAUCCAAAGUUUUUAACGAGAUAAUAUCAAUUAAGCUAUAUGCUUCAUCAUUGAUUUUUUCCAGGGGGUUUUAUACAUGAUGAUUACAAGCAUAUUUUCUUUUGGAGUUCAAUAUGAGUUUUACUCAUAAUCCAAAAGAUAUUGUAUACUCCUUAUUUUUCUCACAGGGUUUUUGAGGAGAUGAUAUAUUGAAAGACAGAUUGCAGAUUAUCAAAUGGACUUGGAUUGAUUAGGGGGAGUGUUACAAAACAUGUUACCAUGAUGUGAUCAACCCUUGUCAAUUCUCUCCCAAGGGACACACCCUUUGGGAGACAUUGUUUUGUACUUAUAUAUAAACAGUGUACUCUCUGCAAUAAAGACAACAAUAACUUCAUUCUGUCAUUCUCUCUGGUCUUUUUCGUUAUUCUCUAACAAAAAGAACAGCCGGAAUCUCAUCGAAGGGAGAUUCCAGAAGUAGGAUUCCAGCCUGAACUUUUCUCGAGCCAAUGUUUGCCUAGCAGCACAGAUACGUUGUUUCGCAUCAUCAGUGUCUAGUCGACGAAGGCCCCGGGGACGAACUGGCGACGGCGCAGACCAGACGGAACAAGUCUGUCUGUGGAUCGCUGCCGUCGGGCCCGUCGUCAGCUGCCGCGCACGAAGCCUCUCAUUCUUCUCCCCCCUUUGGAACAAAGGGUUGGUAAAAGAAUUAUAUAUUGGAUUUGAUUCAUCCAGGCGUUUUUCCUAGGAUUUAGACAUUGUAAGACCCUGCAAAAAUUCUACGAAAUACCUCAAUCCAUAGUCAUGUUGAAGUGAACUUAAAAGGGGUCCAACCUAUGUUUUUCUUUCUUUGUGUCUAUUUCUCUCCAUAAAUUCCUAUGAAAAACCUAUGCGUCUAUUUCUCUCCUUAAAUUCCUAUGUUUUUCAUGUGUUGCAUCUAAAUCCAUAUAGGAUUGUCUCAUGCGUUCGAAAGCAGACCUUAUUAUGGGCUGGGCGCUGUUCUCCAAACCAGGAGCCCUGGACACCACGCACGCAUUCCCGGCCCACCGAGCCUGGUCGCACUCGCGCACAGCAACAAAGCAGACGCAACCAACGAUAGCUUCCUCCGGCCCGGCCCGGUCCUCCCCAGCCGUCAGUCAGUCGCCGCCCCUUUGCGGGAACGUGCUCGGAAGCAGCAGCAGCCGUCUCCUCCCCUCCCCUCGGCACCUCAAUCUUUUCUUCCCUCAUCGAUCUCUACUCCCCUCCCCUUUUUAUACCGCGUCGUCGGUCCGAGGCAAAGCUUUUCCUCUUUCUGCGUCUGCCACUCGUCCCUCCUGGAUCAGUGAGUCCCGGAGUGGAAGAUCCGGCCUUUUUAGCUGCUUGUAGUGGUAGUUGGUUGUUUCUGGGGAGUUGCACCACCGGGAAGCGGGGCAGGAGAGGAGGGUUGGUGGGAUUGCGGUGAUGGACUCCGGCAACAGCGGGAGCCUCCAGUCGUCUAGCGGCGGCGGCGACGACGAGUACGACUCGCGGGCCGGCGGCGGUGGAGGGGGCGUCGACUCCUCCGCGCUCGCCGCACUGCUCCGACCAUCGCCGUCGCCCUCGGCCGCCGCGUUCUCGCUCCACGGCUCCUACUUCGGCCUGCAAGAGCUGACGUCGUCGGCGCCGCCGCCUCCGCAGCAGCAGCAGCAGGCGGGUACCUGGUCAUUAGGGGCGUUCGCUGGCGCCUCGGGGCUGCCCUCCUCCUCGUCCCCGCGCGUCGCGCAAGCCGACUCGGGCACGGGCGGGCGGCAGCAGGCUGCUGACACCACGACACUGGGCGGCGCGCCCGCGCCGGCGCAGCCACCGAGGGGGACGCGGAAGCGAGCGCGCGCGUCGCGGCGGGCGCCCACGACGGUGCUGACGACCGACACUUCCAACUUCCGCGCCAUGGUGCAGGAGUUCACGGGCAUCCCGUCGCCGCCCUUCGCCGCGGGCGUCGGGGUCGGGGGCCCCGCCGCGUCGCUCCGCACCCGCUUCGACCAUAUCUUCCCCCCGCCGUCCUCCUCCCUGCCGCCGUACCUCCUGCGCCCCUUCCCGCAGAAGCUCCCUGCUGCGCCCUCCAGUUUCCCGCCCUUCACGACGACGACGACGACGGCGUCGUGCUCGUCCACGCCCGUCGGCGUCGCCAAUGCCAAUGCCGCGACGGGCACGUCCGCCACCGCAGCAGCACCCUCCAACCCUGCCGCGCCGGCAGCGGCAGCGGCAGCCGGAGCGGGCGACACCUUCCAUCAUCUGACGUCCUCGGCGCUUCUCCGGCUACAGGACCCCAGCGGCGGCUACCUCUCCUUCCCGAACCUCCUCGACCCGCAGCCGCCGUCGUCGCAGUGCAUUUUCGGCGCGGCGGGCGGGUUCGGGCAGGCGUCGAGGCUGCACGACCCGGCGCCGUCGCCGUCGGAUUUCCUGGCCAGCGGAAGCCUCGGCCUCAGUCACGGCGGACUCUUGGGCUCCGAGGGCCUAAACUUGCACCACCCAAGGACCGACGACGAGCUGUCGGGUGUGGUCGCGGCCGGCGCUUCGGGCGGCAGCUGCAAGCUGAACUACUCCCACGCCGGCGCGGCCACCUCGUCACCGGGCGCCGACAAGCCACCGGACGGCGGCGGCGCCGGUGCUGGCGGAACCGGAAGGCCGGGACGAGGCGAGGGCCUGGAUCCGUGGAUUUGUACAUCGGAGUAGGGAUGGCAUGCUGCUUCGUCCUGUGUGAGCUGUGCGAUACGGCGGGGACGAACACGAAACCGAGCCAAAUCCGCCAUGCAUGAGCAAUGACAAAACGAAGGUCUGAUUAUACCUUUUGUUACUUAUUGUUAAAUCAUCACUUCUUUGCCGAGGCAGUUGUCGUAGAUUGCCGCCCCUUUUGUACAUUAAAUUAAAAAAAAACCAUCAUCUUGCUUCGGCUUGAUCUCA